UCAAUUUCUUCACCCUUUCCCUGAGACUGCUCAGAAACUCAGUCUCUUUUUCUCUCUCUUGAUUUAUUACAUUUAGUACAGGUAGAUCUAUCUAUCCUCUACCUCUGUUCUCCUUACCUGUUCUUUGUUUUUCACUUUUACUUACCCUCAAACUCUUUCCUUUUGAAGAAAAACUUGAUUUUUUUUAUCUGACAAACAAUGGUGUUCUUACUGUUUUUUUUAUGAUCUAUGGAAUUGGGUAAAUUUCUUUUUUCUUUUUAAAUUAUUUUUGGUUGCUUCAAUAAUUUGUUUGAAGAUUUUAAAGUUCUGGGUUUUUGGUGGUUAGUCUGUGCGAAAAAAAUCCCAGGUUUCUAAGUUCAAAGGUUCAGGGUUUGAACUUUGAAAAGGCUUUUUGAUUUGAUUGACCGUAUGCAUAUUGCAUUCAACAACCAUCAAAGUGACAGUAUUGGAUCCCAUUACUUCCGACUUUCAAAAUAAGCUAAACGACGUUUGAGCAGCCCGAAACAAUUUAGAAAUUUGAGUCAAGAUUCUUUGUUAGAUACUGCAGUUUCAGGAAUAUAGAAACCAUAAGUAAAAUACAUAUAUUAUAUUAUGGUCUGCAAAUUCUGAGGUUUCACGUGAAGAAUACGCUGCCUUGUCCGUGAUUAUUGCAAGUAACGAAUUCGAGAAAAAGAUGCCUCAGCUCAGCUGCAUUUGCUGUAUUUGAGAGAUAACCUACUUCACCAUUGAUAUGCAAUGCAAUACAGCCGCUCUGAUCCUCUUUCGCCAUAAAUGCACACGGACUUCUUCUCAGGGUUUUCAAAGUCACUUCAGUGAGUAAAUAAGCUUGUUCCCCAUUGCUGCUUGUUUCAUGCUUUAGAUGCCGUCAAGAGGGCGCCACUUGAAAAUGACCCAAAUUGGCUUCUUUCUUCUUGUACUCAACCACUCUCAUGCUGUGCGUGGAAACAAUGGCAGAUCUCAAGUUUUGGAGUUUGGGGUAGUGAUAGGAUUUUGAUAUUUUUUUUGGAAGGUUGAAAACGUCAAUGUCUUUGCUUAUGGAAAGCUAUUCAAUGCAAAUUCAAAUCAAGGGUUUGCAUUGUUUAGCGGUGAUGAUUUGAAAGAUCCAAAGAGUAUUUUCGAAAAUCACAGGCUCAAAGAAUGGAACCCAUUGUUUCAAGGUACUGCUUUCUUUUCUUCUCCAUCUUCAUCUCUCUCCUUUCUCUUAUUCCACUUGUCAGAUCAGGGGAUGCAGAGGCGCUUUUAACCCUGAAAUCAUCCGUCGACCCUUUCAACUCAUUGCCAUGGAAAGGAACCAAUGUGUGUGCAUGGGAAGGAAUCAAGGAAUGCAUGAAUGGAAGAGUUACAAAACUUGUUUUAGAACACCUAAGCUUGAGUGGCCCUUUAGAUGAACAAAGCUUGAACCAGUUAGAUCAACUUCGGGUUCUGAGUUUCAAAAACAACUCCCUUUCAGGUCAAAUACCUGACCUUUCUGGCCUACUCAACCUCAAAUCACUUUAUCUCAACGACAACAACUUCACCGGUGAAUUCCCAGAGUCCAUUACAAGCUUACAUCGUUUGAAAAUCAUAGUUCUGUCUGGAAAUCAAAUCACUGGUCAGAUUCCUGCUUCUUUACUCAAGCUCAAACGAUUGUACACUCUUUACUUACAAGACAAUAGCUUCAAUGGUACACUCCCAGCUUUGAACCAAACCAGUCUUAGAUUCUUCAAUGUUUCAAAUAACCAACUCCAUGGUCAAAUCCCUGUGACCCCAGCUCUGGUUAGGUUCAACCUGUCUUCAUUUUCUGGUAAUAUCGAUCUUUGCGGCGAACAGAUUGGAAGCCCAUGUCGAACGAUCAAUUUGGGGCCAGCAAUGAGUCCAAUUUAUCCCAAUUCGAGUUCAAAUCCCACAUCGAAAAACCAUAGCAGGUUGAUCAAGAUCGUAAUAGUUAGUUGUAUAGGUGGGUUAGCGCUGCUACUUAUCAGUGUGUUUUUGGUGCGUUUUAUUAGCAAAAGGAGGCGAGGAAAGGGUAAGGAAAAUGAUGUUAAAAGCAAAGGGGUUGUUAGCGUUGAAGGGGUUGAAGGAGGAGGGGAGGCGUUGGAUGGCGGCGGCGGCGGAGGGAGUGGUGGCAUGAGAGGUAAUAAUAGUGGGAAACAAGGGGGGUUUUGGGAGGCUGAGGGUCUAGGGAGUCUUGUGUUCUUGGGAACAGGUGAUCAGCAAAUGAAUUACAGCUUAGAGGAUUUGCUGAAGGCAUCGGCGGAGACAUUGGGGAGGGGUACGAUGGGGAGUACGUAUAAAGCGGUGAUGGAAUCAGGGUUCAUCGUGACCGUCAAGAGGUUGAAAGAUGCGAGAUAUCCAAGGUUAGAGGAGUUCAAGCGACACGUGGAUUUGAUAGGACGGCUCAAGCACCCAAACUUGGUCCCACUUAGAGCUUAUUUCCAAGCCAAAGAGGAACGCUUGCUCGUAUAUGACUAUUUCCCCAAUGGAAGCCUCUUCUCUCUUAUUCACGGAACAAGAACUUGUGGUGGUGGAAAGCCUCUUCACUGGACAUCAUGUCUGAAAAUAGCCGAGGACUUGGCUACUGGACUGCUUUAUAUUCACCAAAAUCCAGGCUUAACUCAUGGAAAUCUCAAAUCAUCUAAUGUGUUGUUAGGUCCUGAUUUUGAAUCUUGCCUCACUGAUUACGGUCUCACUAUAUUCCGAGACCCAGAUUCAGUCCAAGAACCUGGUGCUGCUACAUUUUUCUACAGGGCACCUGAGUGCCGGGACAUCCGGAAAUCAUCGACUCAACCGGCUGAUGUUUACAGCUUCGGUGUUCUUCUUUUGGAGCUCUUAACAGGCAAAACUCCAUUCCAAGACCUUGUUCAGGAGCACGGUUCGGACAUCCCUAGAUGGGUAAAAUCAGUCCGGGAAGAAGAAACCGAGUCUGGCGAUGAUCCUAAUUCGGGUAAUGAAGCAUCCGAAGGGAAGCUUCAAGCUCUUUUGAACAUUGCAAUGGCUUGUGUUGCAAUUGCACCGGAUAACCGGCCUGCAAUGAGAGAAGUUUUGAAGAUGAUUAGAGAUGUGAGGGCCGAGGCUCAAGUAUCGUCAAACAGUAGCGAUCAUUCGCCAGGGCGAUGGUCUGACACGGUUCAGAGUUUGCCUAGAGAUGAACAUCUAAGCAUAUAAAAAAAAAAAAAGAAGAAAAAAGCCUGUGAAAUAGCUUAAGAUUUGGUAGGCAUUGAUUUAGAUGUCGAAUUCUUUCCCAUUCAAACUUUGAUUCUUCUACUAGCUGUAGAAUUGUAUUGUAAAGCCUUUUAUUUUGUUUUUGGUCGCAUUUGUAGAAUGUUAAAGCUACUUCCAUUGUGGGAAUGGUUUGAUUUAUUGGACAUUUUAGUUCUAUUUUGGUUGUGUUGAAUCCAAUCACUUUGAUUAUGUUA